CCCCCGCCCUUCGCGAUGAGCUUCCCGGGGGAAAAGCUCCGCCUUGUCCCGAGUGCGCCUGCGCGCUGUGGGGAAGGAGACGGCGAGAGAGAGAAGCGCGCUCGAGGCGGGCGGACUGAGCGCGCGCACGUACGCUACGCACGCGCGCGCGCGCGCCGAGACACGCUCCCUCCCUCGCGCUCCCUCGCUCUCGUCCCCCCUCCCCCUCCCGAGCGGCGUUGCUUGUGCGACCGAAGGGGAGGGAAGAUGGCGGCCGGCGGCAGUGGCGGCGGCGGCGGCAAGGCCUCCUCGUCGUCGUCGUCGUCGUCCUCCUCUUCUUCGUCGUCGUCCUCCGCCGCUGCGGCGGGCGGCGGGGGCGGGCCGGCCUCCUCGUCGUCGUCGUCCGGCCCUCUGGAGGCGUCCCUGGACAGGAAGCUGCAGGGGGUGACCAACACCAUGGAGUCCAUCCAGGGCCUGUCGUCGUGGUGCCUGGAGAACAAGCGGCACCACAGCACCAUCGUCCACCACUGGAUCAAGUGGAUGCGCAGAUCUGCCUUUCCGCAUCGGCUGAACCUUUUCUACCUGGCCAAUGAUGUCAUCCAGAACUGCAAAAGGAAAAACGCGAUUGUGUUCCGUGACACGUUUGCCGAAGUGCUCCCGGAGGCUGCCGCUUUGGUGAAAGAUCCAUCGGUCUCCAAAUCUAUAGAAAGAAUCUUUAAAAUCUGGGAAGAUAGAAAUGUGUAUCCAGAAGAAACCAUCAUGUUACUGAAAGAAGCUUUAAGUUCCACUUUCAAAGCUCAGAAGCAGCAGAAAGAAACUCAGAGCAAACAGCCAACUAAGUCAUGGAAGAAACCUCAAACCUCUACAAAUCCAAAAGCCGCACUGAAGUCCAAGAUUGUUGCAGAAUUUCGACCGCAGUCCCUGGUUGAUGAACUGCUCUGCUACAAGCGUUCCGAGGACCAGAUAGAGCUGAAGGAAAAGCAGCUCUCCACCAUGAGAGUCGACGUCUGCAGCACCGAGACCCUGAAGUGCUUGAAAGACAAAACAGGGGGAAAGAAAUUCUCCAAGGAGUUUGAGGAGGCGAGUGCCAAGCUGGAAGAGUUUGUCAACAGCCUGGACAAGCAGGUGAAAAGCGGCCCAUCCUUGACCGAGGUGCUGGAGAACGCAGGGAUCUUCUAUGAAGCGCAGUACAAGGAAGUCAAGGUGGUGGCAAAUGCUUACAAGACCUUUGCUAACAGAGUGAACAACCUCAAGAAGAAACUGGAUCAGCUGAAGGCGACGCUUCCCGACCCUGAGGAAUCGCCCGUCCCCUCCCCGAGCAUGGACGCCCCUUCCCCGACUGGCUCGGAGUCUCCCUUCCCUGGGAUGGGGGAGGACGACAACUCCCCGUCCCCAGGGGCAGAAAGGGAGAAGACUCCGACUCCAGAGCCCGCAACGGACAAUCGUGACGUGGAGGACAUGGAGCUCUCCGAUGUGGAGGAGGAGGAGGAGGCCCCAAAGAUCAUUGUGGACGAACGGAAAGAGAAGCCGGCUGUUUCCACAAUGCCCCCCGCGAAGAUGGCUGAAAGCGUCCCGAAAACGUCUCCUUCCACGACAGCUGCAGCAGCAGCAGUGCCACCACUGCAAGCAGCAGCAGCAGCGCUCCCUGCUCCGGUUGUGGCAACGCUGGCUCCAAGCCCCAUCACCCCUACAACCCCUAAGCCGGCCACCCCAGCAGCACCCCUUCCCCAGUCCCCUGCCCUCGCCUUGCCGAACCUCGCCAAUGUGGAUUUGGCCAAGAUCAGCUCCAUUCUCAGCAGCCUCACCUCGGUGAUGAAGAACACAGGCGUCAGUCCUGCCUCGAGACCUUCGCCUGGCACCCCAACCAGCCCAACGACACUUAUGAGCGGCCUGAAGACCACAGGGAUGGGCCCCCUGACUGCCCCUCCAAACCCUUUGGCCAAUAUCUUCUCCAAAGUCGAGAUCACCCCCGAAAGUAUCCUCUCGGUGCUCUCCAAGAGCCAGAGUCAGUCUGCACCAGGCCUGCAAGGUCUGUCCUCGUUCCUCCAGAGUGUGGCUUGGGAACACAGCCCAGCCACCGAGAUGGCAUCCCAGAGUACGUCGGCAUCGCCGGCCAACACGACGGCUUCUUCUGUAAAAGGAAGGAACAUUUCCUCUAAUGCUCAGCCCUUCAUGCCCCAGAGUUUUGGCUAUUCUCCAAAUUCUUCCUCCUCGGCUGAGGUCUCUUCCACCUCGGUCAACAAGGUUCCUUCUGGGCACAGUGUGGGGCUCCCCAGUUCUAGUUUCAAGCCUCCCACCAAUUCCUUGGGGUUCUCCGGCUCCCACAAUGUCAGCCCUUCCCUUCGGCCGGCUGAGAACCCCACGAGCCAAUCCUCCGAGCUGGCGGAGGCCAAGCUCGAGUUGGAACCCCCUUCCCCGAGUCUGGAAAUGAAGAUACACAAUUUCCUGAAGGGGAAUCCAGGAUUCAGCGGCCUGAACCUCAACAUCCCCAUUCUGAGCAGCCUGGGGUCUGCCGCCGCGCCCCCCGAGAGCCAGUCGUCUUCCUCUGAUUUCAACCGCGGACCCACAAGCACCUCUAUGGACAGCAUUGAUGGGACUCCCGUCCGGGAUGAGAGGAGCGGGACUCCGACUCAGGAUGAGAUGAUGGACAAGCCAUCAUCCAGCAACGUGGACACCAUGUCGCUGCUGUCAAAGAUCAUCAGCCCCGGAUCCUCUACUCCGAGUAGCACAAGGUCACCCCUUCAGAGCCGGGAUGACAGCUACCCCCAGGAAUUGUCCAACUCAGUGUACAGGUCCUUCAGCUUGAGCCGAGAUUCUCCAGCCGGCAUGUACAAGCAGUCUUCUGAUGGGAUAGAGUUGCCUUCCUCUUUGAUGGACUCCCCGCAAGAGAAGUUCUACCCAGACACCUCCUUCCAGGAGGAUGAAGACUACCGUGACUUUGAUUACUCCGGCCCACCGCCUUCUGCUUUGGUGAACCUGGAGAAGCAGCCAGGAAAGUCAAUCCUGAAGUCCAGCAAGCUUUCUGACCCCUCCGAGUACCCGUCUGUUCUGUCGAGUUACGGUCAACGUGCCUCCGGGUUUGGCCUGAAAUCUGCUUUCCCCCAGUCAAUGAGAGCUCUCCACGACCAGAGCGAAAGCUGCGACCCAUUGACCUCGCCUGGAAUAUACGGGGGCUACGGUUUGCGGGGAAACGACUCCGGCUCGGACGCUUCGCCUACGCCGAGCAAGAACGAUGUCUUUUUCCCACCGGAUUCCAACCACAACAGCUUGUCCAAACCCAUGCCUCAGAAGCAGUAUCCGGAUUCCCCGCACUUGGUCCCCCAAAGGUCGCUUUUCUCCCCGCAGAACGCGCUCCUGGCCCCGGCCAGCAGACUCCCCACGAGCAACGCAGACAAGCCCGACGUGUCUUCCAUCUCCGCCACUUCGACCAUUGAGUUCAAGAACAUGCUGAAGAACGCCUCCCGCAAGCCCUCGGACGAGAGCAAGCAUUUCGGCCAGGUUGCGAAAGGGGGCCCCAGCGACAGCACGGGCCUGUCCGGCCUUGGCCAGGUGGGGGUUGCUCCCGGGGGGGAGCAGCAGAAGCAGCAAGAGGAGCAUUACCGGAUCGAGACCAGGGUGUCGUCAUCCUGCCUAGACUUGCCCGACAGCACCGAAGAGAAGGGAGCCCCCAUCGAAACGCUGGGCUACCACAAUGCCUCCAACAGAGGCAUGUCAGGCGAGCCGAUUCAGACAGUAGAGUCUAUAAGAGUCCUUGGGAAAGGGAGCCGAGGCCACGGGCGAGAGACCCCCAGAGCGGGGUGGUUUGAGUUGAGCAGCGCAGGUAGUACCUUCGAUAACGGUCCUUCGGGUACGACGGAGAUGGCGCCCAUGGGUGGUAGCAGCGGUGGUGGCGGCAGCAGCGGCGUGUCCGGCUUCCCGACCCAGUACAAAGACCGUGGGCCGCCGUUCCAGGAGAACGUCAACAACUUCCGACCUGGCGGCUUUGCCGCUGCUGCCUUCGACCGCCACGUGCCGCCCCCUCCCCUUGAGCACGGGGCGUCUUUCCCCAUGGACCAAAUCGGGCCGCCUCCCCCCACAGGGCCUCAGUCCCUGCCUCCGAAGGAUCUCGGCAGCCUUUUCUCUCGGGACCACUCAGUCCCCCCGCCCCGGAUGCCGUCUGUGGAUCACACCGGCCCUUUCUCAAAGGAAGCUGCCUCCCCGCUCAGCCUGCCCCACGGCGUCCCCCCGCCCCCGCCUCCCUCCUUGGAACGCAGCGGGGUGCCGUUCCCCACCCAGCCGCCCCCUCCUCUCCCCGGGGAGCACGGCAGCGUCCCGUUCUCCAGCCCGCCGCCCCCUCCGGGGGACCUCGGACUCCCGUUCCCGGCUCCCCCACUAGCCGCCGAGCGCCAGAGCCCUUUGGCCGUGCACCAGGGGACAAUGAAGGAGCAUUUUAGCAUGCCGUCGGGAGCAUCUCGGGACCAGCUGGGCCAGGGGCAGCGCGACCACGGCGGCCGGGCGAGAGAGAACCUGGGGCUGGGCACGCUCCCAAGAGAUCCUCUGGGCGCGGCCCUUAACAUCAGCUCCUCUGUCCCCCCUCACCGGGACGCCACAAACCGAGGCGGGCUGGGGAUGAGAAGCCAGAGGCCGGAUUUCCGACCCAGGGAAUUGUUCUUAAACAGAGACCCCUUUAACAGCUUAAAAAGGCCUCGGCCCCCCUUCGAGGGGCCCCCCUUCUUCGCACCAAAACGUCCCUUCUUCCCUCCCAGGUACUGAAUGAAGGUGUUCCAGAACUUUUCUAGAGAGCGGCGGAAGUGACACGUUCACUUUCGUUUUAUGCUUAAAGUCUUUUCUUUAAAAACAAGAACAGCAAACCAAUCUGCCCCUUAAAGGGCCCCACAACUUUUUUCGUUGUCAAUUAAGGUAUGUUCUGUACUUCAGUGCAUUUAUUGCAUUCUCCCCCUCUCCCCACCCCCCGAUUUUCAUUCUCUUUGCUUGUUUGGAGGGGCUUUUUAGUUGACGGCCUAAAUUUAGAGAGUGAGUUUUGGUUUUGGCUUUCCUUUUUUGCAGAAUAAUUAAAAACCUAACCAUAAAGUGAACGUAGAAAUAAAGACUUUUCAGUUCAUGAAACAUAGGGUUAUAUUUUUAAUAUAUAUAUAUAUAUAUUGAGCCAAUGCAUAGCAAAUUGGGACUCCCCUAGCAUUGAAGUCAGAGUUAGGAGAAAAGAUCCUAACACAAUUUAGGAAGAGAAAAGGUCCAAGAAGUCAAAGCUUGCCUUUCAUGCUGUUGCUUUUAACUCUUCUUGUGCCUCUUUUCCUUUUUUUUUUUGUCAGAAUUACUCUCCCCGCACCCUUCAAUGGCCUGGGCUGAUUCUUCAUGGGCACAUUUGCUUGCGUCAACUGUAGGGGAAAGGGAAGGAUUUGCUAUUUCUGUGCACCUAUUAACCCCUUUUUCUUGCUUCCUUGCAGUCCUUUAGGUUCUUAAAGUUCUCAUACAUUUCUCAGAUUGGCCAAGGGAUGGAAUAACUCCACUUUGCCUGGGGCCUCAAGGGCUUUAAAGAGAUUGUUAUCUGGAGACAGGUUAUACACAGGGUGGGUAAUGGGCAAAUUCUCUCCUGGUGCUUAUAGCUGGCUGAGACUGCUGGAGUCAUUUUGAGGGGGGGGGGAGCAGGUAUGGCCCAAGCUCUCCCCCUGGUCACCUUCCUCUUGAAGCCAGCUAUGCAUUGCCAAAGGCUGCUGCUCUUCAAUCCCUCCCUCACCCCCAUAUUAUAAGAGGGCAGGAUUUGGCCAGGACUCUGCUGAGAGUUGCCAAGCUCUCCUGCUUUUUCUGAACUUAGUUUGCUCAGAUAGCGAGCUUUGCGCUCUUUAAGGAGAGGAAUGGGCAAGGAGGUGCCAUCAGUCAGUGAAAACGGCUUGGUGUCUACAGUUAAUGCGUAGCAUUUUGUACAGGGCAUCUGUGCCUCAGCAGACACAUUGGCCUAGUGAAUUUCAGCGCCCUUCAAUUGGGUUCCACGGAGAAUUGCUGUAGCUGAUGCCAGGCGACUCCUGCUUCCUUCGGCUCGAGUCUUUUUCCACUUUCCCUCCCCCAAAAUCCCUCCUUGAGAGCGGAGCUGUUCUCAAGUUCCCAGAUGAACUCCACCCCGAUUCUCUUCUCUACUGUCUCCCCUCCCACCUGUUACCUGCCCAUUUGCCUCCUUAUUUUUCUCUCAACGCAGCUGUGGGCAUAGACGACUUUUCUGUAAAAACUGGGAUUCACUUAAUAGCCACGUUUCCUUUAAGGCAAAAGGAAAGUUGCAUUUUUAAAAAAAAAUACUUGUUAGGAAUAAUCUGCUAUUCUGUGCAUUUGAAAAAAUAUUCCACAGCUCAUAUGUGCACAGUUUUCCUUUUUUUAAAAAAAGUACAUAGCAUGAACAGUUUUUAUACAUCAGGUAGAUCUUGAAGGUCCAGGGGUUAUGAAGAGUUUGGUUUUAUUAAAACCUGACAUUUUUAAAAUGCCAAGGCUCUAAAAAAAGGGGGGGGUAGUUUUCCCUACAGUCCUCAUUGAUCCACCCAAUCUGGGUGAUGUCUACUCCCAGGGGUUUUCCCCCCUGAAAAAUUAAUUUUAGCGAAUGGCAAACCUCAAAAGGGUAAACUCAAGUUCAUUCAGAUCCUGUUGUUCUGAUCCCCACCCCCAAGCAGAAGAGAAUGUCACUAUCCAUAUUAGGGGUCUGUGACUAGCAGUUCUUGAGCUCAUCUCUUACCAGGAAGCAGGAAAGUCGAGUUUAAAUCCUCUCGCAAGCUGAUUGUGCACCCGGCAGGACCCCUCUCAGAGAUCCCUGGUUGCUACUGGCAUGUGAGCACAGGAACCUUAACACCCCGCCCCAGAACUGAAAUUCCCAAAAGUGCUUGCAGGGAGGGGCUGCCCAUCUGAUAAACCAGCUUAACCUCACUAUUGUGAAGCUCCAAUUGCACCUGUCGUUCAGAAAAAAAACAUAUCUCUCCUCCCCACCUUGUGACACGAGGGAGCUAACAACAGUCUGUGGCUAAUCUGUACAGCUAAUCUCUCUCUUAACUGCAUGACUUCUGCUGCCACUCUAGAAUAAAGUGUUUCAUCUUUAGACAUUAGGGAGGUUUUGUGGGUCUACUCCUCCCCCCUAAGAAACAUCACUUACUUGCAUUAUGCUGUAUAUAAACCCAUGGGGCCGAAAUCCAUCGCAGCUUUCUCCCGCGUCAGACCAGUUCGUUCUGAUGUGGCCUGCUCAGCAGAGCUUUCUCGUGAAGCGUUCCCCGAGUCGGCUUCUUAGAUUUUCCCACGGUUUCUUCAGACAGGCUUCACAAUUUGCAGAGGGACUCAAAACCAAUAUUGAAAACGAGCAAAGGUGGUUUGGCGGCGGCUGUGGCGCAGUUUUCUUUGUUUUUCCUUCCUAGGAGACUAGAAUGUGAAACUUCUUAUUUCUGCUGCUCUCUUUCUCUCUGUGGCGAUUCCAUGGAUCCUUUUUAAAAAAGAAAAUUAACCCGUGGGCGAUGAAAAGCACCCUCAGAGUUAACCGCUACUCAGAUUGCCACAGAAUGCUAAGAAUUGGGGGGUGCCAUUGUGGUGGGGGGAGGGCUUCUUGCAGGAAAAGGGAACCUGUAAGAAAGACAAAAAUAUUUUAAUGGUAAGAGUUCCAUGUCUUUCCCUCUUCUCCCCCAAUUCUCUCUCUCUCAUAUAUAUAUAUAUAUGAGAAUGAUUUUGUGCUUUUACUUUAAGAUGUUCACAGUUAGCAAUGUACAUAUGUGUGUGUAAAAAACAAAAACAAAAAAGGUUAGGUUGUUGGACAGGAAGGAUUUCCCUGUCUCUGGUUUCUUCACACACCCUUUCCCUUUGCUGUUACUUUUGUAUUUCACCUAACAAGGAGAGAAACAAAAUGGAAAUAAGAAAUAAACAUGUAUUUUUUAAGGAAAACCUUAGUCUCUCUCAUGAAGGGCAGAAUUUCCUAGGAGAGGAAGGGAGGCACAGAAGUCUCCUCCCCCCCCUUACUUUCCAGCAGUUUUGGAAAGGGGGGUGUCUGGCGGGGGUUGAAAGUAUCCCGUUUAUGGAACCCACUUCUCAUUGAUGACAAAAAAGUAACUUUCAUGGCAGAUUUUUAUAGGGUCAUUGGGGUGGGAGCAGCACCCUCCCCAGAUUUCUUGGUGUCCAUUAUUCCUCCGGCGCAGUUCCCCUUAGACCUUCCGAGGCAAACUUACUUGCAUAGCACAGGGGAAAUAGCGUAUUUCAUUCUGGGGUGGUGGUGGGGCACUUGGCAUGUUUGCAGGGGGUAGCUUUCAGGGUUGGGGGAACGCGAGGGAACCUGCUUCCCAUAUUAAGGGAGCAGAUGUUUUGGGGAUACACCCCAUUCUCCCCCGGAAGUGUGCGGCUGUGCUGCCAUUUUGGAAGGGGGGGGGAAACAACACUGUACAUAAUCGAUGUGUUUUUCAUUUUCUUUGUGUGUGCCUGUUUUAAGAGGAGGGGCGGGAAGAGUUUAAUAUUUGUUGGCUUGGUUUUAUUUUCAAGUGUUUUCUUGUGGGGGAGUUGCAGGGGGAACGAGGGGGGCCGAGAUGUGCAUUGGGCUGAAGAGCAAGCAACUGCAGACCAUCUUCUUGAUUGUAUAUUAACACAAUUUAAUAAGAUACCCUAGUUUGAAUGUUU